AUGAUACACACCGAGCACCCCCUCAACUACCCCAUCUCUAUCGUAUACACUGGCGCUGUUGGUCAACACCAGUUCGGGUCUCUGCACAUCGACAAGUCGGCCGGCAUUGUGCCGACAGGACGUCUGCCGGACGGGUGGUCGGCAGAGGACCUCAAGUACGUCAUUCCCGACAGGCCGAGGACUUUGCCUCCCAAGCACGCCGGCCCCAAAACGGCCCAGGCCAUCAAGGAAUCACUGCACGAGGCGCGCGUGAGAGGUAGACAAACACAAAUUCGGAUGGGUCAUUGCAUCCGUGUCUGUCUGUCUCUCUGUGUGUGUGUGUGUCUGUAGCUAGCAAGAAGGCGAACAAUCAGUCUGCUGGUGGGUGCCGGCAGAGGGCACGAGUCGGGUGGGUCAUUGCAUCUGUCUGUGUGUGUGUGUGUGUGUGUAUCUGUAGCUGGCAAGAUAUCAGGCAAGACGAAAUUUGAGAAGAGCGUCGCGAGAGGAGGGCAGACAUGGAAAUGCCCACACUGUGGCGAGACGAAAGCGUGUGUCUCAUCCGGACGUGAGGCAGGCUGGACAAGGGCAAGGCGCAACCACAAGCGAAUUUGUAA